CGUCUUCUUUGGUAACUCCCAAAUUAUCAAUGGCGGUUCUCCAAAUUUUUAUCAGUAUUCCAUCUUUCUCUUUCUAUCUGUAUUUAUUUCAUUUCUUUCACAUUUAUCUCCAACAACAUUGUCAUCCUCUUCUACUUCCUUUGCUUUCUGACAAAAACAGAGCUCCAACUUCCUUUUCACGCUUGCCAAUACUCCUUUAACCGCCGUAAGAAACAGAAAAUAAUUUCUCUGCAUCUCCAAUCCCUUUUGCCCCACCACUCUCCAACAAAUCUAGCCGUUGCCCAUUCCCUCUUUUCUCUUCCUUUUUUCUAUAAAUACCCUUCCAUCUCCAUUUCCCUUUUUCUGCCUCUACUUUUUCCCUCUUCGCCGGAGUUUCUACGUCUCCGGUUAGACUUUCCUCAACGUUCUCUGUUUCUGUUCCAAUGGCGGUGACUGGAACUCAAUUUUUAUUGGCCAUUCUAAAUCUGCUGCUGUUGGUACCGGGUGGGUUUUCGACGAGCUUUACUUUUGUGAACAAAUGUGAUUUCACGGUUUGGCCGGGGAUUCUGUCCAACGGCGGCGUUCCACCGCUUCUCACUACAGGCUUCUCUCUUCAGAGUGGAGAGUCGAAGACGCUACCGGCGCCGGCGUCUUGGGGCGGGCGUUUCUGGGGGAGAACACUCUGUUCUGAAGAUUCCACCGGGAAAUUCUCUUGCGCUACUGGCGACUGUGGCUCUAACAAAUUAGAGUGUGCUGGAAACGGCGCAACCCCACCGGCUACUCUUGCGGAGUUCACUCUGGACGGCUCUGGCGGGCUUGAUUUCUUCGACGUCAGUCUGGUGGACGGUUACAAUCUUCCGAUGAUAGUUGUGCCUCAGGGUGGUUCCGGCGAUAACUGCACGAGUACCGGCUGUGUUGUGGAUCUCAAUGGUGCGUGUCCAUCAGAGCUGCGCGUGACGAGUGCCGACGGAAGAGAAGGCGUCGCGUGUAAAAGCGCGUGUGAUGCUUUCAACCAACCACAGUAUUGCUGCACAGGCGCGUACCAAACACCGGACACUUGUCAGCCGUCGAUGUACUCUCAGAUAUUCAAGAAAGCGUGCCCACGCGCUUACAGCUACGCGUACGAUGAUAAGACGAGCACUUUCACAUGCGCCAGUGCUGAUUAUGUCAUUACAUUCUGUCCAUCGCCAAACACCAGUCAAAAGUCAUCGGAAGCACAGAAUUCACCGGCGACAGCGAACCCAUCUUCCGGCGGAGACGGUUCAAUGGUAUACGAAGGUGCAUCAUUGAUCCAAACCGACGCAGCACCGCCGAGAGUAGUCGGGGUAUCAGCGAUCAGUACGGUGGCGAUUGGGUGGUUGUGGCAGCAGAUGUUCCACUUCUGACUGCUUACCAAAAUUCGUACGGGCCAAGUCCAUAACGCGCAUGUGUUAAUGGGCCCAGAGCUGGUCGUGAAGUGGGCCCAUUGGGCCUUAACUAUGGCCCAGGAAUCGAUCCGUUGAUGUUAAAAGUUCAUCCGACUCCACCGUAGGCUGACGAGAAUCUGACUAAUUAUCGGGAAAAAAGUGGGGAAGGGGACGGGCAGAUGAGAAAAUAUUAAAUUUAGGUAAAGCUAAGAGUACAAUUUUUAAUUUUUAAUUUUGUUUGGGUGGUGGAUUGAUAAAGAAAGAGGAAUGUGAAGAAAGGGGAGUUGGGGAUUCAUUUACACGUUAUUUAGAUAAGGAUAUAAAGUGUUGGGUAAUAAUUCACAUCACACACACAUAUAUAGAUAUUAUAAUACUAUAUGUUAUGUUGGAUUUUAUUAUAUGAUAUUUCCAUAUAACCACUUUUCCCCCCUCUUUUAA